AUGAGCCCUGCCCGCAGCGUACGGUCCCGCGCUGCGACCGCUCGGCCACAGCUACCCCAGAUAGACUUUACAGCACUUCGUCGUUUUGUUUGUUCCCACGAGGAACGCUUUGAAGCUAGUCCGCCAUCGACCUUACCCGCUGUCCUGCGAGCUAUUUUGCAAAGGCUUACAUCGGCAGAAUCCCCGUUGCCUUUGCGAAGGGGCUUCUUGGUUGCGGUCCCGUGCUUCGAUGUGCUGGGUGUCCGCUGCUUGCCCACAGCGCUGCCUUCGCUGCUGGACAAUCCCGAGGUAUCAGAGCUUACCCUUGGCAUCCUGGCGGCGCUCGCCUGUGAGGCCGUAGGUCGCAGCUAUAUCGUGUCCAGUGACGCGAGUGUUCAGAGGAUGAUCCACCUGCUCAAGUCGAAGCCAUUGGAUUCCUCGGUGCACAUACAGGCUUUGGCUGCGAUGCAGCGUCUGUCCCUGAGGAGGAGUGCACAGGACCACAUGAUUGAGAUGGGCUUGGUGGAGUGGGCCGUCCAGGUCUUGGGAUCGCCCACGGAGGGCCAUGGAAUGCCAUCGGAGUUCUCCUUGGAGUUUGGUUCUGCGAUGCUGAUGAACCUGGCGCUGCGCUCCGCGGGGAAGCGGAGAUGCUUGGAGCAGCAAGAAAUGCUUCCAGUUGCAAUGAAACUCAUGGAGCAUUGGAAUCCGCAGAUCAGGACCAGAUCAAGCGCUUUACUCAUUGCUGUCGCUGCCAAGUUUCCGAGAGACGGCGCAACGUUGGGGCUUGGAGGCAAUGCUGCGAUCUAUCCACUCGCAGGCAAACAGCCUUGGGGACGACAUCUCAGUGAGACAGAUUGA